UGCUGCUCGGAUGUGUCACCUAACCAUCUGUGGGGACAGGCCAGAUGUGGGCUUCAGUGCUAUUCCCUCCAGUCAGAGAGAGCAAGAGGAGGUUAUUAGGAGUCCCAGCACCAGCGGAGGCAGGUCAGAGAUCUCGAUUACACCUAUAGUAUCCACAGCUUGAACAGAACUCUAAAUCGUGAUGCAAUUUUUUCUCCCAUCUGCCUGUGAGGACAGGACAGGCCUCUGUUUGCGUGGCCCCCACUCACCGAGCCAGGGCGAGUGUGCGGAGGAAGAGGAGGAUGAGGCGGUGCAGGUGCUGAGGUAUGAGGGACGGAUCACAGAACUGUUGGUGGUGAUCGCAGAACUGAACAGGAGGAUCAACAGGCUAAAGUACUCAACCUUCAGGGAGGAGGAUGAGGAUGAGUACCAGGACGAAAGUUCUGAUCACAGCGACAGUUCUUGUGCUCUGGAUGUCACGAAUCGGUGCGAGAGUCAGGAUCACUCUGCAGCCUCCGGGGUUGAUCAACAGCCUCGGCCCAUCUCCCCAGACACAGAUGUGUCUCAGGGUCUCUCCCCGGAGCUGCAGCGGGUGCUGGCUGAGCUGGAGGCUUCGGUCCACAGAAGGAGGCGGCAGAUCCCACUGGGAAUGCCAGAUCCCGAAAAGUACAGCCGGGAAGCGAAGGCAGCCCAGGAACACUGGUCACUGGUCACUCAGGCUGUAGCAGAAGUGGAGAGGGAACUUGAGCUUGAACCUUGCCCCGAUUGGUCGGAGGAGAGGAGCGCUCGGAAGUCGGAGAUCAACGACAUGAGGGAGAGGAACCGGUGUCUUGCUGCGGAACUCCAGGAGAGAGAGCAGGAGCUCAGCAAAGCCAAGGUCACACUCACCGCCUUCCAGGGGGAGCGGGACCGAAUGCGCCAAAGGGUGCAGGACCUGUCAUCCUGUCUGCAGAGGAUGGAGGAGGAGACACAGAGCGACCAGCAUCUUUCUGACGUCAGAAGCUCCGGCACUGACAAGGCCGAGGCCGUCGCGAACAGAGACCCUCACUCUUCGAUGGGGACCUUAUUCCAGACGCUUCAAUGUUGCUCCACCGACCAGGACGUUUUCCGAGCGCUUCAAACCCAUGAGCUGAACCUAACGAAAUCCAGGAUCCGGGAAUUUGAAACAGAAACCGAACGACUGAAGCAGUGCAUCGACAAGUGGAGGAGACAAAACAACCGGCUUUGCGCGGUGCUGGACGAGUGCAAGAGCGACGGCGAGCGUCUCAGCAUGUUACUGGGCAAACACGAGUCCAACAGCACUGCUCUGCAGCUGGCCUUGCAGUACACCGAGAAGUGCAUUGAGGCCUACAGCCUGCUCUUGGCCUUGACAGAAACCAACCUGAAGAAAGAGGCAACCUCAGGACCCAGAGCAUCAGCACCGAGAGCUCGGGUGCAAACCCUCGACUGCCCAGCACCUUGUGACGUCCUCCAAGAUAAAGUGGGACUGAAGAGCAAGAUUGCGAGGCUGCGGGUGGAGCACGCUGCGGUGAAGCGGACCCUCCUGGAGCUGGGAGAGACCCCCGCCCACCUGAAGCGAUACAGCGCCACGACAGAGGGCGGCCAGGCCAAGCCUCACAGGCUCGAGAUCGUUCCCACAGUGACAGAGCGAGAUGCUGGAGCAACCUCCGGUCUCCAUUGGCCUGAACCUCCUCAGAGACCCAGGAAGGAGAAGUGGGAGUUGCUGAGGGAUCUCGUGGAUGUCAGGGAAGAGAUGGCCGAGUUGAAAGGUCAGACCAGUUUGAUGAAGAGAGAGAGGAGAGAUUUGGAGCAAAUCCUCUUGUGUCAGGUGCCCCGGGAAUCCGCUGUUUUGCUCUUGAUCGAGCACUGGCGCUCAGAGCGGGACGAAGGGAUGGAUCCACCUCCUCCGUUUGACAUCACGGGCGAGACGGUUAGAACCUCCAAGGAGGUGGUGGGAGAGGGAGCUGACUCAUCACAGGUUCCUGGACUUUGCAACAAGCAGCUGAUGUCUGACCUCCUGGAUAGCACCAAGGGAGAGAAGCAGUUGAAAGUCCGUGCUGGGGAGUUGGCGAUGUCACUGGAGAGAUCGAUACAGGACAGCAACAGCCAGAGCCACACAUCUGCAAGGCUGGUCUCAGACCUCAGGAACACGCACAGCAACUUGUCGACGGCCUACAGGACUGCGCAGAGGAAGUAUGAAAACCAGCUGAUGAAACUGGAAUUCCAAAUCUCGGCCAUGUCGGAGCGGCACAGGGCACAGAUCGCGGAGCUGGAGCAGAGUGCGAAGAAACUGCAAGAGGAGCUGGACAACAGCAACGGGACCCCUCUGUAAAGAUCCCUCUCUGUCAAGAAGUUGCCAAUCCAUCCUUCUUUAGAAAAGACCAACCCUCAACCUCCCUGCAGAGGACCACCCCCAGACCACACAGGGACACUAAGCUUAGGAUACACUCCUGCCAGAACUGGGAGGUCUGAAGCCCUUCACUGGUAGAAUUCUCUACGUGGAGUUGGGGGAAGAGGGAAUGGGUGUUCCUAUGUUAAAGUACCUGUACAAUUUAAUGUGUUUUAACCAUUUGGGAGCAUUUAAAUACUGUAUUAAUUUACGUUUUUUUGUCCCCUCUAAAUGUACAAGCACAAUAUAUCCUUUAAAAUCGCACAUGUAUUA